AUGGCGGUUGUCAAAGAGUGUAAAAUAGCAUUAGCCGCCUUUUUCGCAUACUUUUGCCUUAGCCUGGCGUUGUUCAACAGGUCAACAUUUACCUCGCUAUCAAGUAUAUUUUCUUCAAUAGCUUUGGCGUUCCUUGCGUGGUGUAUCUCGAACUUUUCGCCGCAUGCUGAUGUUGCCAAGAGAGCUGCUUUCCUUGGUUGUGCGUUCGGAUGCUCACUUGUUUUGAGCUUCUCCCAAGUGAGCUACCGUUGCUUUGGCUGGUACAUGACAUCACUGUCGUUUUUCCACUUCUCUGAGUACAUAAUUAUGGCCAUCUACAACCCUAAAACGCUUUCAAUAGACUCUUUCCUUCUCAAUCACAGCCUUGAAUACAAAAUGGCUGCUGUUGCAAGUUGGAUUGAGUUUGGUAUUGAAUAUUAUUUCUUCCCAAAUCUUAAAAGCUACGUAUUUAUCAGUUAUGUUGGAGCUCUGCUACUUAUAGGGGGCGAAAUCACGCGUAAAGUGGCCAUGAUCACUGCACAAUCAAAUUUCACCCAUUUGGUGCAAUUUCACAAGAAGGAGGGGCACGUUCUUGUUACCACCGGAAUCUAUAGUUUAUUCCGUCAUCCUUCUUAUGUUGGAUGGUUUUACUGGAGUAUCGGAACGCAGCUAACACUAUGCAACCCUGUUUGUUUAUUUGGUUAUGCUGUGGCAUCAUGGAGAUUUUUUAAGGAGAGAAUUGAAUACGAAGAAAUAACUUUGUUAAACUUUUUUCAGUAUGAAUAUAUUGAUUACCAAAAGAAAGUUGGUACUGGACUGCCUUUUAUCAAAGGUUAUUUGGUUUCUGAUGAAGAGAUUGAGAAAAUGAAGUGAAAUUAUUCAUCAUUUUGCCCAGAAGAAGUGGAAGAGGUCAAGGAACAAUCAGAAUUGUGCGCAUGGGUUAUGUCAGUACUGAAACCACUGCAAAGCUGUUUUCUUCCAAUCCCUCACUCUAAGAUACUUUCCCUAUCUGAAACAUCAACACUUAAAAAGCAAGAAUCAUUGAUGGCCUCCAAAGAUAGAUGUAACUGACAGUUCUUUAUGGUACCAUUGUGCUGGCUAGCACUACAGCACCAUAAUAAGCGUAUCCAAUAUUCAAUCUUUUUCAAAAUAACUGUACAAAAACAUUGUAAAUAAGCAUUAUACAUUACAGCUUAUUUGUUUUUCUUUUAUCACAAGUUUUGGAAAGUUUGAGAACUUGUUUUGAUUUACAAUGUAAAUUUUGAAGCAUAACAUUGGUCUUAUUGUGUACAAAUUUUUAGAUCAAGCUAUUCUAAGCUUUAACAGCUGCCAUUAAUCUUUUGUUUUUUGUUCUCAUCAAUGUUUCAUGAAUUGGAGAAAUAUACUUCCAUAUAAUUAUAUGAAGAAAACUUCUAAACUCUUUUACAAAAGCACUGGAAUGUGAAUUGUUUAUAUGUGUAAUCCCUAGUUGCAGUAUGAAUCUAAAAUGAUUUCUUGAACACUUGACUAAAAUGUAGAAAUUAAUUCAA